AUGGUUCUAGUAGAUGGUGCUAAUGCAAGGACACGUCAUGUUCCUUAUAGAGAUUCAAGAUUGACAUUUCUUCUACAGGGUGUUGUAAAUGAAGAUGCCUCCGGAGAUAUCAUGGUGCUUCAACAGCAAAUACAACCGCUAAAGGAGGAGCUUGCUAUCCUUAAGAGGAACAACAUAUCCAGGUCUUUAGCAUUUGGUCCAAAAGUCAUUGAAGAGGCUACCCAAGAACACGAGAAUGAUUGCACUAGACAUGAUAACAAAAUCCUGAAGGUUUCCUCUAAACAGCUGAAAUCUUUAGAGACUUCAUUGACUGGAGCCUUGAGGAGAGAUCAAAUGUCGGAAGCUUCUAUUAAACAACUUGAAGCAGAAAUAGAACAGUUAAAUCGACUGGUUCGUCAAAGAGAGGAUGACAAUAAGUGCACAAAGAUGAUGUUGAAGUUUAGAGAAGACAAGAUUCAUGAUCAGAUCCAAAAUGAAGCUGCACAGGACAAUAAAGAAAACAAUUAUGUUAGAUUAGAGUUGCACUUGGUCUUUACUUAUAAUAUUCCAAUUCUCAACAACAUGGAACUCAGUGCUCAAGGUUACAACAGGUGUUUACAACAAGAAACUGCACAAUGCCUGACCUGGGUAGGGCAUCCAGAAACACGAUUUACUUUUGACCAUGUUGCUUGUGAAACAAUUGACCAGGUACCAGAAAUGAGCAAUAUUGAGUUCUGUUUCUACAUGAAUUUGAUUCUCUUAAUUGCAAUGUGUUACAAGAAGUAUGAAUUUGUGCAGGAAACUCUUUUUAGGAUGGUUGGUCUACCAAUGGUGGAGAAUUGUUUGUCUGGAUAUAAUAGUUGUAUCUUUGCAUAUGGGCAGGUAACAUUAUUAUAUGAAGGUAGAUCCAUACAGAUUAGGAAGGUAGAUCCGACUUUGGACAUGGAGGCUGAUCAUGAAGGAGACAAUUACACACAUAUUAUAAUUUGUGCAAUUUAUUUUAUUUUUUGA